AAACAAGCACGAGAGAAUUCACGCAUUUGCUCCAGCAAGCGGUUCAUUUUCUCCAAAAUCAAAGACAAUCGCGUUUAGAAUAUUAGAUUAGAAAAGUCUGUUUACACGUUACAAUAGUAAGAUGUUCAAUUCAAGUUCCCAUCGCAUCACAUGCAGAAGUAUAAAACUGGCCGCUAAUGAAAUAAUCAAUAAUUCUUAUGACGCUUGUGAACACCUGCCUCGGCGUUGACGUUUCGCGACGAAGAAGCAUGAAAUGCAUAGGAAGACAUCAAAAAGAAGCGUACCACUGACAGAGAAAUUGAAGCACCCCGAACUCCCGACGGACAUGACAGUGCAGAAACAAAAAGAAAAUGGUUUCAAAAAUCAUUGUCCCAUGGUUCCGGCGCAAAAACCGUUCGCCAAAAGCGCUGCGAAUAUGUCGCAUCAUCCGUGGGCAAAAGCAGAGGACGAUUCUUGGAGCUGGGAUCGUCGCAGCAGCGGCACGUCGAUAUCUUGGCCGGAAGAGAUGGAAGAAGUUGCAACGAAGAAAGUAAUUGACCAGUGGGAAGCUGUGGAGAGAACUUUGUACGACGAGGAUAACCAAGUUACAUCAGAGAGCUUGCGGAGCGAAUGCAUACAGUGGAGAACUCAACUUCCUCACCUGCGAGUUAUCGGCAAGGGAUUGCAGAGGCGUCAGGUAGUCGAUGCUAACAGCGACAACUUGGCACCCGUUGACGUGAAAGAAAAAGAGGCUCCCUCGACGGUCGAAGAAAUAAUCGAAGAGCACAAAGUGCCGACAAAUGGUGAGGAAGAUGCUUCGGAUGGUCGCAACCGGGAAGAGACGCGGAACGAAGUUCUUGAUAUGAUUCUAGACUUUGUUUGUGCCCAACUAUUGGCGGACAACGAAGUCGACGAAUCGUUGAGUCAGAACUUGGACGCUGUGCUGAGAAUAACUCCGGCGCCAACUUACAGCGGUAGAAAUCCCCUCGGGAAUCACAGAACUGCGAACGAGUUCGUCGGCCAAACCCAUCGGAACUCAAAAUUGCACAAAAACGAGAGGGAGGAAUCUAGCGACGCUCUUGAAGUGUCUGGAUGUCUGCCGGAAGUUCGGAAAAACAGUUUCCACGCUGAAAAAUCUGCGACAAGAUUCUCCGUUGGUAAAGGAAGCAUCAUGCCAAUAUCCGCUCGGAGGCAAAGAAAUAUGAGAGAGAGGACUUCUGACUGUGUUUCGGCGAACACAGACCGUCUUUACACGCCACAGCUGCCCAGAAAUGCACUCGGGACAGUUUUUACUGAAAAAAUAAUCGUCAGUCCGGUACCGUUUGCGACGAGCACUAAAGAGAGCUUUUCGACGCUGAAAUCAACGCCUCUGACAUCGAUGAGACUGUCUCUCGAAUCUUCGCUAGGGCAAAGAUCCGCCAGGAGCGUUAAUUCUGGUUUCAAAACGACUUCGGCUCGUCGAGUUGGUCUCCUUGAGAUACCGCAAGUUCAUUCCGCUUGGCAAACGCCGGUUUGUCCGACUGUGUGGCCGAAGAACGUCAAGUUGGCUCCGAUCGACAUAACGAGGCUUCCGAGUAGCCAGCGCAGAUCGUUGGCAACGUCCUUCAGCCAGCCGAGAAGAAGUCGGAACUCAUUAAGUCCUAUCCCUCGUGAAAUAAUGCCGAUAUCCCCCCUCGCGAAUCGAGCUGCUGAGAGAACAUGCCUCGAAAUUCACGGCAAGCGAAUAGUGAGGCAAAAAUCGAGGAUGAACGUGACGAGCGCUGGAUGGGAGUUCAGCUCGCGAAAUGUUAAGAAGAUAGGAAAUAAAGUAAAGAAUAAUGACGCGAGAUGAGAUUUUCGAACGCUAUUAUACCGUGUGAUGAAAAAUUUACCGACAGCGUUACGCCUAUCGUAAAAAAGCACGAAAUUCAUUAGGAAUUGUUCGAAUUCGUACAAAUAUAUGUGUUUAAUUACUGGCCAUGAUCGUGAAAUAAGGUCGUCGGCGGAGUUACGUUGAACGAAAGGGACCAAAAUUUAUUCCGAGCUAAUCGGAUAGUACAGCAGCUCAUUAUCGCACGUACUAGACACCUCGCCGUGUUUGAUAAGAUGCCGUGAUUGAUUUGGCAUACGAAUACGAGAUGUAGAUAAGAUGUAUUCAUUU